AUCAAUGCGCGAUGUAUCAUCGAUUUCGCUCGAUGGGAAUGGCGCGAGUCGGUGACGAAAAGUGAACGACAAUGGAUAAUGGCGUGAUUGUUCGACGUGCUUCACUGGAAGACUACAAUGCAGUUCUGGACAUAAACAGACAUGUCUACUUCGGUCUUGACUACCUGCCCUCUCAGUACGCGGACAUGGCGCAGGACCCGGAUUUCACCUUGUAUGUGUGUGAGUAUGAAGGCAGAGUGAUAGCGUUUGAGGCCGUUUGUGAGAUCAAUGGAGGUCAAACGUUGAUGAUGAGGUCAGCUCGUGUACACGAGGAGUAUCAAGGUCAAGGUCUUCUAAUGAAACUACGGAAGCAAAUAGAAAAGGACUUCACAGGACAUCCAGUGGUUAACAGCUUUGCCUGUAGCUUAACGGCUAACACAAAAUACAGGGAGAAUGUAUCUUUCCGGGCCAGAAACAAACUUAUAUUGGAACGGGCAUUGUUCUACCACAGUUUCAACAUACAAGAAGUCCUUGAGAAAACAACUGUUAGAAGUCAAACAAAACAGAUAUCAUCUCAAGAUUUUUGUGACCUCUUCCAAAACAAAAGUCUUAUGAAAUAUUUGUUUCCAUGGGACCGCGUCGCUAUCAACAGUUGGCAUUUGAGACCGAUUGCCGAAAAUAUACGUCACAUUGACAGACAGAAGCCGGUUAUUUUCAUUAGCCAAGACUUGGAGGAAGGCCAAGGUUUCCUCACUAUUGGGCUGGUGAUUAGGGUCCCUGCGGGGAUUUCAUUGCAUCUGGAAAUCUAUGGUAGCGGCGACGACUCCGAACUGGAGAAACACUUGUACAGCCAUGUGUUGGCGUUGAAGGGUUUAAGCUCGGACAACGUGCACCUGUUGACGUACUGUGAUAUGACGUUGGAAUCAUCGGUGAUCUUCAGGCUGUAUGAACGUCUUGAGUUGCAUGUGAUGGACAACCCUUUUAAAAGUUUACAGUUCUUUGAGGAAGACUUCCACCCUAGUUAAAUGUGAAGCUUGAGUUGCGGUGAUGCUCUUUGUUUUCAUCCUAUGUCAUGUUUCCGACCUGGAUUGGGCUGACUGGAUUGGUGGAGUUUAGAUGGUCGGUGUAUUUCACUAGUAAAUACAUAUACACACAAGUAUGUAUGUAUGGUAACAACAAGGGCGUUUUGCACAGAUUAUUAAACUCUAUCGGU